UGACAUGGUUUCCCCGUGGCGAUUACCCUAACAGCGCCGCCAUUCCAGGCCGCCAUUGGUUGGCACCAGCUGUCGGCGUCUGUGCUUCCUUUUAACUUUCAUCAGGCCACUGGAGCUGCGAAAUUCCAGCUCCAUUCCAUCUCCAUUAGGCAGGGCCCGCUGCAGGUCCGGCCGGGUGGGGAGGAAAAGGCAGUCUGUGCAGAGCGAUUAGGUUCUUACACCCUAUAUAAACCGGAUCGCCAGGUCUCGCGCUACUCUCAAUGCCACUUUCACAAAACCACUGAUCUCCUAAUAUCCUACUACAACUGAGCCAUUGUACAUAACAUCCAUUGUACAAACCAAAUCCGGAGAAUGGACCGCUUCUCCCAGCCCAGCAAGCCCAACACGCGCAUCCCCCCCAUCCUCAUCGCCCGCCAGAAUCAGGCCCUCGAGCAAACCACAAAAGCCAAUGUCGUGCCCCAGGAUCAAUUCUCCCGUCUCGCAUCCCUCUCCAAGCACAGACUCUACCGCGAAGCCCAAACGGGCGACCCGGAUCUCCGACGAUGCAUUGGCCACCACCAGCUCCUGUGCCGGACGAUCAUGGAAGCAAAGGACGGCAUGAAGCGGUAUCUCGAGGAUGUACUGGAGAGCGAGAGCGACAGUGAUAGUGAAAGUGACGAUGAGGACGAGGUCUUGUAUGAAAAGGGGCCGAUUGCUGUUGAAUAUCCCCAGACGGACGAGGACGAGGAUGUAGACGAGGGCCUUCUAUUCCCUCCUACAAAACAACCACAACCACAACCACAACCACAGCAACAACAACAACAACAACUAUCCACGACUACAACUACAACUACAAUCACAACAAACAAUGACCCGCCCUCGCCUUGCGUGAAAGAGAAGAUCUUCGGCGUGGUCAAGGGUCUCGUCCGUCGACGGAGUCCAUCUCGCACUGUAUCUCCUGCAUUGGACGAAAAGACCAGCCCCCUCAUCCACCUUUCAGAGAAGAACCUCAGCUGCACAUCAGCAUUGCGGGUGUUGGGUUCUUCUGGUUUUUUAUCUUCAGAUACGACUACUUUUUACUUCUUCAAGACUGUAUGAAAUAACGAGAUUAGACGCAUUGAUGAAUCAUUACAUACUACAUACUCCCUCUGAUAUCCCGGUAACAUCACUGAAGUCGUUAAGAUCAAGACCACACCUUCAUAAUCACAUUCUGCAAAU